AGGGGUAAAAUCGAUACUGCGAAAAUAUUCUCUUCGUCGGUCAGGUCGUUGCUGUUGAACGUUGUCGCAUCGAAAAAUGGCAGACACGGAAUUCGAGGAGUUUAGCAAGCCAUUGAAUCGGUUGCCGACAACGUCCAGGACACCAGCCCCCUUUUAUUCCCUCAUACCGGGAAUUGAGGACCUCGAGGAUUCCCCAUCAUCAAAAAGUGACCUUUCAGACCAGGAAGACUUGAAUAAUUCAUUGAGUGAGAAAUCUGGAAAGGAGAGUUGUGAUGCAAAUAAUCGACAACGACAUGUUGAAGACGAUGAAAUUGGUGAUGGGCUUAAGACGAGUAUUAUUACCGAGUCGGAGUCCUGUCGGAAUAUCCAUGGACCGGAGAGGAUGACACCAAACGGUUUCAGUGGUGGGGAAAGGCGACGACGUAAACUUCCCGAAAUACCUAAAAAUAAAAAAUCUUCCAUUAUGUUUCUCUGUGGCGGCCAAACUUCCCUAGCAGAUGACAGUUCUGGUCAACGGUCACACAUUCCAUAUAUCUUAAACGGCAACUCACAAAGGACAAUUCUGUCAAUGAAAUGCAGCUACCUAUUGGACGAAGAUUCGAGCCCUGAUUCGGAACGCCUCCAAAGUCUAGGUGAUGUCGAUAGUGGGCAUAGUACUGCACAUUCCCCAGUAGAUUUCAAAAGCAUGUCUCCACAAUUGGCAUCCCCAUCAUCACAUUCGCCAUUUCCUCCUCCUUUUGGCGGUGUUCCAUUCAGUCAAUUGGAGAUGUUGGAAGCAACGCACAGAGGUUUGCACAAAUUUAUCCCCAGACAUCAUGAUGAGAUAGAGGUGGAAAUCGGUGAUCCAAUUUAUGUUCAGAAGGAAGCUGAUGACCUCUGGUGUGAAGGAGUUAAUUUGAGGACUGGUAGGCAAGGGAUUUUCCCCUCUGCCUAUGCCGUUGAUCUUGAUUAUAAUGACUUCGACCCGUGCACAGUCCAAGUGAAAAAGGAAAGAUACCUGUUGGGAUAUUUAGGAUCAGUGGAGACACUCGCACAUAAAGGUACAGGCGUUGUUUGCCAAGCAGUUAGGAAAAUUGUCGGUGAAUAUGGAGACUCACCAAGUGGACAGAUUUGUAUUUUGGAAGUUUCAGAUCAAGGACUUCGCAUGGUGGAUCGGUCUAGACCACAGAAUAAGAAAGAGAAAAAGCCAUGCAUUGACUACUUCUACUCGCUCAAAAAUGUAUCAUUUUGUGCAUUUCAUCCCCGCGACCACAGAUACAUUGGCUUCAUCACAAAACAUCCUACUGUGCAGCGUUUCGCCUGUCAUGUUUUCAAAGGAUCAGAAUCAACACGGCCUGUAGCAGAAGCUGUAGGGCGAGCAUUUCAAAGGUUCUAUCAAAAGUUCAUUGAAACCGCUUAUCCAAUUGAGGAUAUUUAUAUAGAGUAAACUCAGUAUAAUUGUGAUGUAUAUCAAUUUAUGUAAAAUACAGACUAUAAGACUUCUAGACUUAAGUAUUUGAGAAGCUAUGAACAUCUUUUCCUAAAUAGAUGUCGACAUCUUCGAUAUAAAGAGGAAAACAAUUUAUUAUUAAUUAUUCAAGGAAUCACACAAAUACAUAUACCUAUAUAACGACCAAAAUCUUUCUCUGAAAUUGGUGCUUGGGCUGCAAAUUGGUCAUCGUUAGCAUCUCGAAACGCAGAUUUGUGGAAGACGUAGGAACUGUAGGUUUCACAGUAGAGAGAGUCAGCUCUGGGUCUGCAGAAAUGUUCUGGACAAUCAAAGGAUGAGUUCAGUAAGCGCUCGCUUAAAGACAAUAUUCGGACACUAAGGAACGUGCCAUUGCAUGUCAAAGAAGCUUUCGAACUCAUUUUGUCGAAGCAACAAAUUAGGCCCUUUUUUGAAAUGUACUUCCAAGAAUGUAGCAAAUGUAUUGUGUCCCUGAAGCUCAUAAAAUCAUUAAAUAUAAAUUUUCUAUGGGCACAUGCUCUUGGCACAAUCCCUCUAAGGGAAUCGGUUUACUUGCCGAAUCCAAAAGAAGUGCAAUCGAUACCAGAAUUAUCUUGAAAAAUUGCCGAACAAAAAAAAGAUAUAUUUUUGUAAGAGUUGUCAUUACAGUUCUCCAACUCAGGAGUGUGGAACUUAACAGAUAUUUCUUCUUGGUUCAAUAUACAACUUAAUAAGGCGGAAAUAAGUAGCAAUCAAUAAAAA